AGAGUGAGGAAGAAGAAAAUAGAUCGGCUGAAAGAGAUGACAGAGUGUAGCUUUUUCCUUUAUUUUUACAGUUGUUAAAUGUGCUUUCUUUGGUGGAUUUGACUGACAGACGCUCAGUCUUUGUGUUUGCUGUUGUCUCUUUGGUUUCUUGGAUGCUGAAGGAUUGAUGGGGAUGGAGAUACAACACAGUAACCCAGCACUGCUGUACACCUGGACACAAGAGCACCACUGACAGAGGUCUGUUAAGUGGUCACGACAGAGUGGGUGGACAGACAGAAGCUAAGUGUCCACAUCAGUGAACGUCCUCAGCACGGCUAUCAGGAGAACCAUCUAGCCAAUCGGAAGAGGUGAGGGGCGUGGCCAGCCAAUCGGAGGGGGAGAGAUGUUGGGGCAGGGUGGCCAUGAGGCCCUGGCUCUCAUGUCAUUACUGCUGCUACUGUGGCACGGAGCAGCACCCAUUGAAGUCCCACAAGACCCAAAGAUCCUGCAAGAGCUGAAGCAGCCCCCCACUAUAGUCAAACAGUCAGUGAAGGACUACAUUGUCGACCCCAGAGAUAACAUCAUCAUCGAGUGUGAGGCCAAGGGCAACCCAUUGCCAACAUUCUCAUGGCGCAGGAAUGGGAAGUUUUUCAACAUUGGGAAAGAUCCCAGGGUGACGAUGCGAAAACGCUCUGGGACUCUGGAGAUUGGUUUCCGUAGCGGUGGACGACCAGAGGACUAUGAGGGAGAGUACCAGUGUUUUGCCGUCAAUGACCUCGGAGUAGCUCUUUCCAACAAAAUCCUGCUCCGGGUCUCCAAGGCUCCUCUGUGGCCUAAAGAGGUGCUGGAGCCAGUGGUAGUGGCUGAAGGAUCCCCGCUGGUUCUGAGCUGCAACCCCCCACCAGGCUUGCCUCCUCCGUUCACGUUCUGGAUGAACAGCGCGAUGACUCCGAUACCUCAGGAUAAGAGAGUGUCCAUGGGUCUGAACGGAGAUCUGUACUUUUCUAAUGUUUUGGCCAAAGAUGCUCACACAGACUACAGCUGCAACGCUCGCUUCCUUUUCACACACACCAUCCAGCAGAAGAACCCCUUCACACUCAAAGUUCUGGCAAAGGAGCAGUAUAAUGACACAUCUUACAAUGCCACUGACCGCUAUGGUGGCCGAAGAAUAGCCAACUCCACGCUAAACUUCCUCUCACCUUCAGGGAGUGAGAGCUCCAAAAUGGUGCUACGAGAUGAGCAACUGCUGCUGGAGUGUAUCGCUUCUGGACUUCCGACACCCGCCAUCAAGUGGUUUAAGAAGGGCGGGGACCUCCCAGGGCAUAAGGUGAAGUUUGAAAACUUCAACAAAACUCUGAAGAUUAUCAACGUGUCGGAGGAAGAUGCUGGGGAAUAUAUGUGCAUGGCCAACAAUCAUUUUGGCAGCAUACGCCGCUCCAUCUUCGUUCAGGUCAAAGCUGCUCCUUAUUGGCUGGACAAACCUACAAACCUGGUGCUAGCCCCGGAUGAGAAUGGGCGGCUGGUGUGUCGGGCCAACGGCAACCCUAAACCCAACAUCCAGUGGCUGCUCAACGGAGCGCCCAUAGACAGCUCUCCCCACAACCCGAGCAGACAGGUUCUUGGUGACACCAUCAUCUUUCGCUCGGUGCAGAUGGGAAGCAGCGCUGUCUACCAAUGCAACGCCUCCAACCAGCACGGCUAUCUGCUGGCCAACGCCUUUGUCAGCGUUCUUGACAUGCCUCCCAGGAUGCUGGGCCCUAAAAACCAGCUGAUUAAAGUCAUUGAGAACAAUCACACCUUCCUGGACUGUCCCUUCUUUGGUUCCCCUCUGCCAGAGUUACGCUGGUUUAAAAAUGGACAGGGCAGUGGGCUGGAUGGAGGUCAGUACCGUGUUUACAUCAAUGGCACCCUAGAGAUCAAAAGGGCCCGAGCAGAGGACGAGGGCACUUACACCUGUGUGGCCAACAGCAUCUUGGGCAAGGACGAGAACCAGGUUCGCCUGGAGGUCAAAGAGCCCACUCGUAUCGUUCGGGCCCCGGAGCACCAGUCAGCCAUCAGGGGCUCCACGGCUCACUUCGACUGUAAGGUGAAGUCUGAUCCCAGCCUGCACGUCACUGUGGCCUGGACCAAGGACGACAAGCCUCUCUACCUGGGAUGGAGGCUGAAGAAAGAAGAGGAGUCGCUGACCAUCCCCAAUGUGAAUGAGGGCGAUGAGGGAACAUACACCUGCACUGUUAAAUCUGAGAUAGACCAGGACUCAGCCUCAGCCCGCCUCACUGUGUUAGAGGAAGCCUCCCUCCACCCCUCAGUCUCUAGUGCCUUGCCAGACCGUCCAGACCCCCCCAUGGAUCUGGAUCUGUCAGACCCAGCAGCCCGAAGUGUUCGCCUCACCUGGAUCCCUGGAAACGACCAUAGGAGUCCAAUCACUGAAUUCCUGGUCCAGUUUGAGGAGGACCACUGGGAGCCGGGACGGUGGCAGGACUUGUCCUCUUACCCUGGAGACCUCAACUCUGUCAUCCUGCAGCUCUCCCCCUUCGUCAACUAUCAGUUCAGGGUCAUCGCCGUGAACUCGGUGGGCCAGAGUCAGCCCAGCCGCCCCUCGCCACGAUACAAGACCAGUGGAGCUGCUCCAGAUGCCAUUCCCAGAGGUCUACGAGGAUGGGGGUCCAAGAAGGAUAAUAUGGAGAUCACCUGGGAGCCACUGCUUGAUCUGGAGAGAAAUGGCCCAAACCUGCACUACAAUGUGAUGUGGAAACGGAAGGAAUUAGCAGAGGAGUGGAGUAAUGUGACCACGGUGAUGUCCAAACAUGUCGUCUACAACACAGAAACCUACGUGCCUUAUGAGAUCAAAAUCCAGGCCAUAAAUGAGUUUGGAAAAGGACCUGAGUCUAAUAUGGUCAUUGGAUAUUCUGGAGAGGACAAGCCCACUGAUGCUCCCACUGACCUGCGGGUGGCAAAGGUUGACAGCACCAAGGCGAACAUCCACUGGAAGCCAGUGGACCUGAGCUCUGUCCACGGAGAGUUUAAGGAGUACAGAUUGUACUACUGGCGUGAGUCCAGUCUGGUUCCAGGUCUGGUGGUCAGUAAGGAAAAGAAGACCAAAGGUUUCUACAGCGUCAUGGCCGAGCCGUCUGGCAUCCUCAGCGACCUGGUGCCCUUUUCUAAAUACAAGAUGUUCAUGGUUGUGGCUAACAACGCCUUUGAGGGUCCACCUAGCAACACGGUGGAAUUCACUACCAAGGAAGGAGUGCCAGAUGCUCCGAAGUUCUUCAGGAUUAACCGGAGAAGUUUUGACACCCUCUACCUUGAAUGGGACAAACCUCUGGAGCCCAACGGCAUUGUGAUUGGAUAUCAGCUCAGAUACCAAGCAGUCAAUGGCUCCAGGGUGGGUCGUCCCCAUUUGGAGACUUUUCUACCUAAUGUGACAGAGUUCACCCUGCGCCUGCCGGACCGUUCUACCCGCUAUAAGUUCUACCUGUCAGCGCUCUCCCAGGUGGGAAAAGGGGAGGUCUACGCGGAGGAGUCCCCACAUUUCGCCAAUGAAGAAAACUUUACUGACACUACAGGUCUAGUCGAGCUUACAGACGCCUCCUUGGCUUCAGCUUUCUCUCCUACUCCUCCUCCUCUCGCUCCUCUUCCUCCUACUACCAUCGCUCCUACAACCAUUAGUACCUCAACGACUCCUCCAACUACGACUUCUACUACUACUACCACAACUACUACUACUCCUCCUACUACCACCACCACCACUACAACUGAGGCAACCACUACCACUACAGCUCCUGCGCUGGUCACCAUCAAACUGCCCCCUGGGCGGGAGAUCUGGAAUGUGACGGUGGUGCCUAACAGUAACUACGCUAACGUCAGCUGGAGACACAACUUCCCGGCCGGCAGCAGCGAGUUUGUGCUAGAGUACACACUGGACAGCGACAAGACGGUGAAAGUUGUCCCAGUGCCAGAACAGUCCUCCAUUACUCUGGCGGAUCUGAUCCCAGGCGCCACGUACCAUCUGAGGGUUUACUCCCAUGAGCUCAACAGCAUCAGCAGCAAAUCUUACACCUUUAAGACCAAAGCAGCCUACAUAGACCAGGUAGACAUAGCCACUCAAGGCUGGUUCAUUGGCUUGAUGUGUGCCAUCGCCCUCAUCAUACUGAUCCUCCUCAUCGUCUGCUUCAUCAAGAGGAGCCGCGGGGGCAAAUACCCAGGUGGUGGUUGCAUGACUGGUUUCGCAAAAUAUCUCGUCCGUGACAAAAAAGAUCUUCCCUUGGACCCAGUAGAUCAGAAAGACCAGGAUGGAUCCUUUGAUUACCACAGCGAUGAGGACAACAAGCCGCUCCAGGGCAGCCAGACGUCGCUGGAUGGCAACGUGAAGGAAAGUGACGACAGUCUGGUAGACUACGGCGAAGGCGGCGACGGCCAGUUCAACGAAGAUGGAUCCUUCAUUGGCCAGUACACAGUAAAGAAGGACAAGGAUGAAACAGAAGGCAACGAGAGCUCUGAGGCCACCUCGCCGGUCAACGCCAUCUACUCGCUGGCGUAGCGCUGUAGCAGCACACGGGGACGUGGUGGCACCCUUUGAUCUGAGGGACACAACACCAUACAGCAGACACAAACACACACACACACACAAACAUACACACACAUGAAUAUAUUAAGAAAUGAAACAAAUUAAACACAGGAUGAACACAGCAGGGCCUGUCUGGAGACUGUGGAGGCUUCCCUCUGCAGAUAACAUGAAAGGGAACACGGGAGUGGAAUUAGACCACAAGCCUUUAUUUUAGUUUCCAGCUCGAAGAAAUCGGCCCACUGGAGGUGACGUUUGGACAAAGAGGACAGUGCUUGUUUUCCUCUGCACUCUGCCUGCCCUUACACGGACUCGAAGUGUGCCUUUGGGGCAGCUUUCAGCACUUGGAGGCAUCAACAAGAUUUUUCUUUGGUUUGUUUCUGCUCUGAACAUUUUCUGUGUCCCUGCUCUCCUUUCCUGAUAAGCCCCUCACACCUCUGUGUAGCGUCUCAGUAAAGUACACACACACACACACACACACUGGCCCUGUCCUGUAACAUAUCAGCUUCUAACCAUCAAAUUCAACAGGAUGCCGGCAGAUAUGUUUAUCAUAUUGAUAUUUACGCAAUGAAAGGUUUUAGUUUUUCCACAGCUGGUAGACGAGUCAUUGAAUCUUAAUAAGUGCUGUAUACAGUCCUGGCACACAUUUUAGUGCCCUGCUAAACUAUGCACUAUCACCUCUUCCAUACCAUCUUGGGUUUAAUCUGGUUAGUAAAGAACACAUUUUGAGUUUCCUUUUUGUUUACCCUUGCAGGCUAGAUGACAUGACUUUAUUUACUUUGCCUUGUUCGAUGUGGUAGACUUGUUAUCUUACCUCUUAAUCCAAUGUUGAAGUCCAGAUGUUCAAAAUGGCCAUCACCAUAAAAUAUAUUUCUGCCACAAGCACCAAGCUCUGCAACAGUAUGUUGUUUAAAAUAUAAUAAAUGUUAUUUUGGAGCAUGGUUGUAUAGUGCAAGAGAAGUGGAAGGCAACACAGAGGAAAGUUAGAGUAGUAGCUCACAACCCAGUGAACUCCAUAGAUAGCAUGAAGGCUAAUGCUGCAUUCAUGUCAAAUGGGAACAGCUGUUGGUUGACAGUUUAAAUGCUGACAGUUGUACUUUGGAGUUGGUAAGCUUCCAUGUUCUGUUUUUCUGCUGACAUGGGAGUUUCUAAUUUGCUACUUAUUUGAUACUUUUGAAAGUAUGUUUCAUACAACAUCACAUAAUUCCUUUUUUUAAGUUGUAAACCAACAUCUACAUGCUCUCCCAUGACACGUGAAUGCAGCAUGAGAGGCUGGGAUCCUUAGGGUGUGUUCAGACUACAUUUCUGCCUGCGUUUUUCACAUACAUUUUGUCGCUGGAUUUUUAUCGUUUUGCAGUUUCAUUUUUUUUUGCCUUAAACAGCAAGACACAUACAAAGCCGUCAGCUAGUUAGCAACCUCUAGUUCGUUCUGUUACUUUCUUCAAGACCUCUCUUUCCUUGUCAUGUUUAUUAAUUGAGUACUUACGCCUUGAAAUAGGUGAGAAGUUUUUCUUAAGUUGGAACAUUUUGAGCUCAUGUCGACACAUCUUUGGCUUAAUUCAUUCAUUUGUGUCCUUCCACGUCUGUGCAUUGACCCUAUAUGCAAUCACACCGCCUCGAAACUUCUCUUUGUGAUUUGUCUGAAUCCACCUUUACAGAGGGAUCUACGCCUCUUUCUCUACUUCUAGUUUUUAUAAACCUAAUUCAUUUGUUAAUCAAGAUGAAAAUAGACAGCGUUAGGGCCGCGUAGAAUACUUGAAUUAAAUGACGAGAUUUACAGCAUGAAAAUAUAUACAUUAAAUUCACAUCCACCUUUGAAAUGAAACGUAUCAACACAUUUUUUUAACGUUUUUGCAAAAGAAGAUAAAAAGAAACAGAGCCUAAGAUCAUGUUUUUAGAAGUAUGUCCGCUGAGUAUUUCACUUGUCCUACAUCCACAUUUGUCACGCAGUCAUUCUGUUAGCAGACUGAUGGACUGAUAGUCAGAUAUUUGCUUGUUUUUAUUUAUACUAAAUGUUCACCGAGUGCUCAUUUGUUUUUACAGCAUCAUUUUGGCACUCUGUAGUUACCUGCUACUCAACAGCACUAUUAAACCCUCCAGUGCUAAAGCAAAAAGGUCUUUAAUGCAGUUAGCAACUGGAGAUCACAUUGUAUUUCAAAUAUUUAUUUUAUAUUUCUAUUUAUUACAUUAUGUGGAUAGUAUUAAUAUUAGUGCUUAAUUUAAUAAUUGUUAUAUACACAUUUUUGACUUACUUAUUUUGUUGUUUCACGCUAGAAAUAGCCAGAAAAAAGAUGUCUCCAGAAUCUGUUAUUGUUCAUCGUGAGAGGCAUUAAACACAACAGUAUGUUCAAGAUAUUUGUGAUAUUUGUAGCAGCUGGCUUUUCUGCUGUAAACAAAACAACAACAAAAUACCUGUCAUGGUACAUGAAAAAGGUCAUGUUUCUCUGUCCAUUGUGCUGCUCUUCUCGUACUCAUGUGGUAUUACAGUUACUAUGUGUUGUUAUUCAGAUUUAUGUAACAUAACCUUUCCACCACGCAGAAAAUUAAUAUUGUUGCUUAUUAUUUAUUUGACAUAUAUUCUGUACAUGUAGGUCCUGAAAUCUCUUAUAUUUGUAAAUAUUUAAAAGUCAAUUUCCCCAGAAAAAUGCUUUAUCCGAAAAGGAAACAAAAAGUCACAAAGAAAAUGCGACAGGUGCAUCCUAAGUCUGUCAUGCACCUUUGUAAUGUAGCUUUGACUAACAUUUGCACUCUGAAAGAGUAACAAGAAUCAUCCUUCACUCUAUGUUGCCCUUUGCUUUGACAUUGUGAUAUAUGGUACUGACUGUGGCAAGUCUAUCAGUCACUUGUUUGAUGAUGGUUUGGAUUCUAUAUUGUGAAAGAGGAAUACGUUAUAUUCUCUAUGAUGUAAAUAAGACGUAAGUGCUCCUGCAAUAUACCGUUUGUAGCAUUGUCGCACACAAACCGCUAGUAGGCCUAAAAACAUGCAUUAGCUGAAGUAUUGGAACAAACCCCACCUUCUUCUUACAUUUAUCAUAUCUCUGAGACUGCACACAUUCCUUCCCUGGAUGCUUUUAACCUGACAUGACUGUUGUUGCAUAGCUAGUCUCAUUACAGUGGCCACCUCGCAGGACUAAAGGUUGACUCUGCUCCUAAUCCACAGAAUACGCAGUGCCCAAAAUUGUGAAAUCACAUGUAAAUGUAUUUUUUUUAACCUUUAUUUAACCAGGAAGUCCCAUUGAGAUUCUGAAUCUCUUUUUCAAGAGAGACCUGGCCAAAAUAGCAGCCAAAACUCAACAAAAGUGUAAAAAACAAAAACAAAAAAAAACCAUGAUGUGAUGUUAAGUUAUGUGGUAAAUACUAUGGUAAAUUUGGGUUGGAUCACUUCUUGACCACUGACAGCAGUGCAGCAGGUAAAAGGGAAAAUAUAUUGAUAUAAAUCUGAAAUCUGAGUUUACUCCCAGUUGUUAUUAAUUACAUCCUGCAGCUUUGCAUGAGUAAACUUUAUCUGAUAUAAUUACAACAAGUUGACAAUAAUUAAACUGCACAAUAAACAUGUGACUGGGCCACAAUCAAUUGACAAAAUGUGGGCAAAAGAAGGCAGAACAUCCUUUGUCAAUCCAUUAUGACAUUUUCAACUUGCAGACUAUGACGGAGGGGCCCCGAAAUGAACACAACACAUGUUGGGGUGACAGGCUGCCAUUUUGGAAUAAGUUCUGACUCAAUAUUUCUCACCCCAUUAAACACAGAGAUGUCUGAUUCUCCUAAAACACAACUUCUCUUACACUAAUUCCCUCUUCCAAAAACUUGUGUUCCCCUCUGUUUCUCUGCAGACACUCAAAGCAAUAUCCUCUGAGUUUUAAUCAGCGGGGUGUUUUUUCUGAUGCCAUUGUAUGUUCACUCUUAUGUUGGUGUGACCACGGUUAGUUUGAGCACGAGCACAGGCUUCUUGACAAAAACAGGAGACCACUGCUGAAGUAGAAGAAAAACAGGAAGAAAAAGCACUGAGAGAUCAAACACAUAUAGGUCUGAACUUUCUCACUGGACUCAUUGAAGCGGUUUCUGGCAUGAUGAUAAAAGAAAAGAGAAUGAUGCAUAUUUGGUGACACACAGUGCUUUUUUUCUUGUCCUUUUAUUCAUGCUCGUUGAAUCUCUUGUCUACUGUCUGCAUUGUCUCAGCUCACCUUUAAAGGGGGGAAAGAAAAUGUCAAUGUGCUGUUUUACUGCUUUGUGUUUCUUCAUUAAAAAGAGCUGCAAAGUGUAGAAUUUUUCUGGUGCACAUACGAGAUUUGCAACUGGAUUUUUUCAAUGAUUGAUCACAUGCUGUUUGGCUUUUUUUUUAAUUAAUUGUCAUAUUAGCAUCUUCUUGUUUUUGCCAUAUGUAUCAGAGCAGCUCGUCAAAGUCUUGCUUCAACACGCAAAAUAACAGCUUUUGUAAGGUACAUACUCAACAGAAAAAUGCAUAAAUAUAUUCACCAUGUAUGCGUGUAUGAUGAGAUGUUGCAACUUCUGCUAGCGACGCCUUCUUUAUAGUAAAGCUAUCUCCUUUUCUCUA